UUCAAAAUCUUAAACGCUCCAAACUCCAACACAACAACAACAACAACAGCAGCAACAACCUGCGACUUAGAACUCACUUGUGUCUCUUCUCAGUUUCGACACUUCCUAAAAUGAACUACUCUCCUACUUCCCUCACCUCCGAUCAAGAACUCUCCGUCAUCGUCGCCGCUCUAACCAACGUCGUCUCCGGCUCAACCUCAACCUCCACCUCCACCUCCACCGCUAUUUCAAUACCCGAAUUUCGCAACCCGGAUCCAAUAGUUCCAUCCGCAACCAUGGAAACCUGCCGUGAAUGCAACAUAGCAGGAUGUCUAGGCUGCAAUUUCUUCCCGGAAGAGAACAAGAAAAAACAAAAGAGAGCAAAAAAGAAGUACAGAGGAGUGAGACAGAGACCAUGGGGAAAAUGGGCUGCUGAAAUUCGCGACCCGAGACGCGCCGCUCGUGUUUGGCUCGGAACAUUCACCACGGCGGAGGAAGCUGCUAGAGCUUACGACAAUGCCGCCAUCGAGUUUCGUGGACCAAGAGCCAAGCUCAAUUUUCCACUGGUAGAUGAAUCGCUUAAAAAGCAAGUGGAGGAACCAGAAGUGGUUGUUCCUAGUCCAAGUACCGAGAAUGUCAAGGACGAGAAUUUGAAUCAAGAAAUGCAAAUGGAAACAACAAUGGGGUUUGGGAAUAAUGUGGAUUGCGAAUUUUGGGAUAGGAUUGGGGAAGCUGAUUUUCAGCAGCUUAUGAGGUUUAUGGAUUUUGGCGGAGAUUCUUCUGAUUCAAGAACAGGAAGCACUUUUUAGUUCCUGAAUUUGAAACAACGGAAGAGCUUUUUUGUUAGUGUGUGUUUAAUUAGUUGUAGAAUUAUUAGAAACGUGAUUUUAAUGUUUGAUUUUGCAGAAUAAUCUGCUGUGUAAAGUUUUGUACUUAAAGUGUGUCUUUUUUAAUUAUAAAUA